CAACCAUCUGCUCAAGCUGCUUGAGAACAGUCUUCUGUGCAAAUGGCAUGAAAGAACAGUCAAGCAUCAAAUAUUGGAACUGACAUCUGAAUUAAAGAGUGUGCAAAAAAUCUCUUCCCUCUUUAACUAUUGAAACAAACUAAAAUGGAAAACUGACUAAAGGAGGCCUUUCUCUGAGAUCUGCCCGUUGCAUAGCCAUACAUAUUAGAUGACUUUGGGACUUGCUUUACAUCAACGAUGAAGGGAUUAUCUAGCAGCCGUAGUCAUCAUCAUGGGGUUGCCUGUGACCCUCCGUGUGACAGUCUGCCACACCACCCGGACAGGAAGCCAUAUUUGUUAAACCCGAUGGACCCCCAUCCUGCCGACCACCCUUACUACACUCAAAGGAACUCUUUUCAGGCAGAGUGCAUGGUGCCCUACAGCGAUCAGAUUGCCAGCAGCACGUUUCCCCGGAGGCAUUACAGUUCCCACCACGAACUCAAGGAUGAGUGUGCUCUGGUUCCCCACGGAACUGUCAACAAGACCAACCGCAUUCCUGCCAACCUCUUGGACCAGUUUGAGCGGCAGCUGCCUCUGAAUCGGGAUGGCUACCACACUCUGCAGUACAAGCGGACUGCCAUGGAGCACCGCAGUGACAGCCCAGGGCGGAUCCGGCAUCUGGUUCAUUCUGUCCAAAAGCUCUUUACCAAGUCCCAUUCACUGGAGGGGCCAUCCAAGGGGAGCGUCAACGGGGGCAAAGCAAGCCCGGAGGAGUCGCAGACGAUGAGGUAUGGGAAGCGCAGCAAGAGUAAAGAAAGGCGAUCAGAAGGUAAGCCCAGAUCCAAUGCAUCAGGAUGGUGGAGUUCAGAUGACAACUUGGACAAUGAUGUUUGCAUUUAUCAUGGUCCCAGUGGGGUCAUGACCAUGGGAAGAUGCCCUGAUCGUUCUUCUUCCCAAUACUUUAUGGAAGCCUAUAACACUAUUAGCGAACAUACUGUGAAGUCAUCCAGAAGCAAUAAUGAUGUCAAAUGCUCUACCUGUGCAAACCUGCCUGUGAAUUUGGACUCCCAGUUAAUGAAGAAAAGCUCUUGGUCCUCUACAUUAACCGUGAGCAGAGCCCGUGAAGUUUACCAGAAAGCAUCAGUUAACAUGGACCAGACAGUGGUGAAGGCAGAGACGUGUCAACAGGAACGGUCAUGUCAGUACCUCCAGGUUCCUCAAGAUGAAUGGACUGGAUACACUCCACGAGGGAAAGAUGAUGAGAUACCCUGCCGACGAAUGCGUAGUGGCAGUUACAUCAAAGCCAUGGGGGAUGAUGACAGUGGAGACUCAGACACAAGUCCGAAGCCAUCUCCAAAGAUUGCUGCACGGAGAGAGAGCUAUCUCAAGGCCACCCAGCCAUCCCUUACAGAGCUCACCACCCUCAAGAUAUCCAGUGAACACUCGCCAAAGCUUCAGAUCCGGAGCCACAGUUACCUGAGGGCGGUGAGCGAAGUAUCCAUCAACAGGAGCCUGGACAGCCUGGACCCCGCAGGGCUGCUGACGUCCCCCAAGUUCCGCUCCCGCAAUGAGAGCUACAUGAGAGCCAUGAGCACCAUCAGUCAGGUGAGUGAGAUGGAAGUGAACGGUCAGUUCGAAUCCGUCUGCGAGUCGGUGUUCAGUGAACUCGAGUCUCAGGCAGUGGAGGCACUGGAUCUGCCCAUGCCGGGCUGCUUCCGCAUGAGGAGCCACAGCUACGUCAGAGCCAUUGAGAAGGGCUGCUCCCAGGAUGACGAGUGCAUAUCGCUGCGGUCCUCAUCUCCCCCACGUACAACCACCACGGUGAGGACCAUCCAGAGCAGUACUGUGUCAUCCUGCAUUACUACCUAUAAGAAGACACCGCCUCCAGUCCCACCAAGAACUACCACCAAACCGUUUAUUUCCAUCACAGCCCAGAGCAGCACAGAGUCUGCCCAAGAUGCAUAUAUGGAUGGGCAUGGACAGAGAGGAGAUAUCAUCAGUCAGUCUGGACUUAGCAACUCCACGGAGAGCUUGGACAGUAUGAAGGCGCUAACAGCUGCUAUUGAAGCUGCCAAUGCACAGAUCCAUGGCCCUGCAAGUCAACAUGUAGGGAACAAUACUGCCACUGUCACCACCACCACAACCAUUGCCACCGUUGCAGUAGAAGAUAGAAAGAAGGACCACUUCAAGAAAAACAGAUGCUUAUCUAUUGGAAUACAGGUUGAUGGUGCUGAAGAAUCCACCAAAUCAGGUGAAAAUAAAGCAACCAGUAAGUUCCAGUCCAUAGGAGUUCAAGUAGAGGAGGAGAAGUGCUUUCGCAGGUUUACACGAUCUAAUAGUGUAACAACAGCUGUGCAAGCAGACUUGGAUUUCCAUGAGAACUUUGAAAUAAUCGACCCUCAAGAGGACAAUACGUGUUCUGGACAAAUAUCAAGACAAUUUUCCCGAGAUGCAAGCACCUCUACUGUUAGCAUACAAGGGUCAGGAAACCAUUAUCAUGCAUGUGCCGUGGAUGAUGACUUUGAUACAGAUUUUGAUCCGUCAAUUUUACCUCCUCCUGACCCCUGGAUUGACUCUAUCACCGAAGAUCCUCUGGAAGCUGUUCAAAGGUCAGUGUGCCCACGAGAUGGCCACUGGUUUCUGAAGCUACUUCAGGCAGAGAGAGAUCGUAUGGAGGGCUGGUGCCAACAGAUGGAGAGAGAAGAACGGGAAAACAACCUACCUGAGGACAUUCUAGGGAAAAUUCGAACUGCAGUGGGCAGUGCCCAGCUUCUCAUGGCCCAGAAAUUUUACCAGUUCAGAGAACUUUGCGAAGAAAACCUGAAUCCUAAUGCACAUCCACGGCCGACCUCCCAGGAUUUAGCAGGGUUUUGGGAUAUGCUGCAGUUGUCCAUAGAAAAUAUUAGUAUGAAAUUUGAUGAACUUCAUCAGUUAAAGGCCAAUAAUUGGAAACAGAUGGAUCCUCAUGACAAGAAGGAGAGAAGGGUCCCUCCUCCAGUGCCAAAGAAGCCAUCGAAAGGUCAGGUGCCACUCAUACGAGAACGCUCUCUGGAAAGCUCGCAGCGUCAAGAGGCCCGGAAACGGCUGAUGGCUGCCAAGCGCGCUGCAUCGGUCCGCCAGAACUCAGCUACCGAGAGCGCCGAAAGCAUUGAGAUAUACAUCCCCGAAGCCCAGACCAGGCUAUGAAGGGAUCCAACCGGGAGGACUCUCUCUGGCAAGACAAGCCUCAUGUAUAAUCUGCCCCUCUAGGCUCCUGCUCAAGGUCACUACGAAGUAUUUGUACCUCCUCCUCCUCCUCUCUCUCUCGCUCUCUCUCCCCUCCUCUCCCCCUCCCCUCUCUCUGUACACAGCCGCCCCGAUGCUCCCAGUGAACUCCACUGCCGUGGCGUAGUUGUCGGUCCUCCGAGAGAUGUCCUCUAAUCACCCUUGCUUUCUGAAGGUUCGCCCAUGUCAUCACGAUGCUUUGUCACAUGUACUGAUGCUGCCACUUUGCCUCAUGUAAACGAGUACGAUCCUUUUUUUUUUUUUGUUUGAAACAAAUAAACGCAGCGCUCAGACUUCCACACACCCGCGCACCUGUACAGUAGAUACUCCGUUUAACUUACUCAUGAUCUUUAGUUGACCUAAAGCUAGUCUGUUACCCAGUGUACAGCAAUAUCAAACUGUAGGGGACUUUGGAAAUUUCAGUCAUGCAGGGUGAUCCUUUCGGACUCUGCCGUCUUCCUCACAAAAGAUGAAAGGAGCUAUGACUCGGAUUCCCUUCUUUUUAUUACUGUUUUUUUUAAAGCAGAUGGCGCACUUUAUUCUAAACCUCUGAAUCACACCUUCUCACCUGAAUUUAAGGAGUCACACAA